CCUCAUUUAUCUGAGCCAGAGCUGAGCUGGUGUUGACCAGAACCUGCGCUUGAGGCUGCUGCUGGUAACUGGCUGCGCACAGAACACUGUCACCAUGCCCCACUCAUACCCAGCCCUUUCUGCUGAGCAGAAGAAGGAGUUGUCUGACAUUGCCCUCCGGAUUGUGGCCCCAGGCAAAGGCAUUCUGGCUGCAGAUGAGUCUGUAGGCAGCAUGGCCAAGAGGCUGAGCCAAAUCGGGGUGGAGAACACAGAGGAGAACCGCCGACUAUACCGCCAGGUCUUGUUCAGUGCUGAUGACCGUGUGAAGAAGUGCAUUGGAGGCAUCAUUUUCUUCCAUGAGACCCUCUAUCAGAAAGAUGAUAAUGGUGUCCCCUUCGUCCGAACCAUCCAGGAUAAGGGCAUUGUCGUGGGCAUCAAGGUUGACAAAGGUGUAGUGCCUCUAGCUGGGACUGAUGGAGAAACUACCACUCAAGGGCUGGAUGGACUCUCAGAACGCUGUGCCCAGUACAAGAAGGAUGGUGCCGACUUUGCUAAAUGGCGCUGUGUGCUGAAAAUCAGUGAGCGUACACCGUCAGCGCUGGCCAUUCUGGAGAAUGCCAAUGUGCUGGCCCGCUAUGCCAGUAUCUGCCAGCAGAAUGGCAUCGUGCCUAUUGUGGAGCCUGAGAUCCUGCCUGAUGGAGACCAUGACCUCAAACGUUGCCAGUAUGUUACAGAGAAGGUCCUGGCUGCUGUGUACAAGGCCCUGAGUGAUCACCAUGUGUACUUGGAGGGGACUCUGCUCAAGCCCAACAUGGUGACCCCUGGUCAUGCCUGUCCUAUCAAGUACAGCCCAGAGGAGAUUGCCAUGGCAACUGUCACAGCCCUGCGCCGCACUGUGCCCCCAGCUGUUCCAGGAGUGACCUUCCUGUCUGGGGGUCAGAGUGAAGAGGAGGCAUCACUCAACCUCAAUGCCAUCAACCGCUGCCCUCUUCCCUGGCCCUGGGCCCUCACCUUUUCCUAUGGGCGUGCCCUGCAGGCAUCUGCACUCAAUACCUGGCGAGGGCAAAGGGACAAUGCUGAUGCUGCUACUGAGGAGUUCAUCAAACGGGCCGAGGUGAAUGGGCUUGCUGCCCAGGGCAAGUAUGAAGGCAGUGGAGAAGAUGGUGGGGCGGCAGCACAGUCCCUCUACAUUGCCAACCAUGCCUACUGAGGUGGUUUACUCCACACCACAGCUCUUGGCCCAGCCAUCUGCAUCCACUUUUGCCUGUAGUUACAGCUAGGGCCAAAUAGUCAUACAGAUCAAAGAUGCCUUCCUCCAGCACCAAGUCAUCUUUUUCUCUCCUCCCCUUUCCUCUCCCAUUGCUGAACCUGGGACCAUAGGAUGGAAGAAUAGGGAGAACCUCAGGUCUGAGGGCAGGAGAACUUGCUAGAAGCGGAUCUGUGCAUGGGUCUCCCUCCUGCCUCCACCAGCUGUCACAAUCUCCCCAAGAUGGUAUAGCUUCUCCUUGGGCUCUCCUUGCUGACCCUCUCUCCUGGGAUCAGAGGGAAGUAGACCAGCCUGGACUCAUGCUUUGAAUACAUACCACAUAGCAAAUAAAUGGUAGCAAAACAUGCUGCU